UUCCUUUGGGAUUAAAUUUCAAAAUGUCUGGCCCGAGUUGUUUGGAACAAUAUAAUUUUAUAGGAAUUUAAUGUAUUUGUAUUGCUUAGAUUAGCGUGAAAAAGAAAACCAUGUCUCUUGAGGAUCCAUUCUUUGUGGUAAAGGGAGAGGUUCAGAAAUCUAUGAACAAUUUAAGUGAGCUUCAUGAAAAAUGGAAGUCAUUACUAAACAACCCUGCCAUGGUUGGUCGAGAAGAAUACAACCUGACAACCAGUGAACUACGGAACAACAUUCGUAGUAUUGAAUGGGAUUUAGAAGACCUUGAAGAGACAAUACAAAUUGUUGAAGGAAACCAGAGAAAGUUUAAUCUAGGCCCAGAGGAAAUUGAAAGUAGAAAGAACUUUGUAAAACAGACAAAACAAAAUUUGGAUGAAGUUAAAGCAUCUGUUAACAGUCCUGCUGCCCAAGCUAAAGUGCAAUCAUCCAACAGACAGGCACUAGUUGGUUCAAGCAGUAAAUCUACCUCAAACAAAUAUUCUCGUCUUGAUCAAGAAAUUGAAAGAUCAAACCAAGAUUUUAUUGAAGAUCAAAGUCAGCAACAACAGUUAAUAAUGGAAUCACAAGAUGAUCAAAUCCAGUUGGUAGGUCACAGUGUUGGAGUCUUAAAGAACAUGAGUCAGAGAAUUGGCGAUGAACUUGAUGAACAGAAUGUCUUACUGGACGAUCUCGGGCAUGAAGUAGAUAUGACCGAUUCCCGCUUGCAACAAACAUUACAGAAGAUUGAGAAGGUUUUAAAACUUGCCGAUGACAAGAAACAGACUUAUGUUCUGAUUGGUCUUAUUGUUAUCCUGGUGGUAAUCGUCGUGUUAUUUAUUGCCCUAUAACAUCCACUGUUGCCUGGUAACAUCAGGCCAGGACUGGAUCACAAUUGGGGAUUAUUGUUCUGGGAUUUUGCUAAUUGUAUAGGACUGAUGUGGAAAACCUGAACAACAUUGAACAAGGACGACGCAAAAAUGUUAAAAAAGGAGAAAUUUCUACUGCGAAGAUGAUAUGUUUGAGAGAACCUGAAGAUAAAUUACAGAUGCAAAGACUAUGGCAGUUAGGACUUAACGGAUUAUUAUACACGCGUUAUUUCGCUGGAUACCCGUCGUGCGGAACACUAAAUUUCCUGGAAGAUUGAGCAUAAACACGGGCCUGGAUUCGUACAUUUAGGCACUCGUUGGGAAAGUUAAAGCAGAUAUACAAAUCUUGAAACGAGGAAUAUUAUAUAAUU